UCGGAACAACGGCGAAUUGAACGAAUAAAAGAGAAACGAGCGAAUACGACGUGCUUUGCAUGCCGACAAAAGAGACAUCCAGCAAAAGAAUGUCCAAAUACGAAAACUGGAGAUACCACUUCCGAUAAAGGCAAGGCAAAAAAUAGUGCUGUUAUAUGCUAUCGUUGCGGUUCCUCAAAACACAUCCUAUCCCGAUGUAAAAAACCAGAAAAUCCUAACAGUCCUCUACCUUACGCAUCAUGCUACGUAUGUUCUGGAAAGGGUCACAUCGCAUCUUCGUGCCCGCAAAAUCAAGAUAAAGGUAUAUAUCCGAAUGGAGGGUGUUGUAAGUUAUGUGGAGAGAAGACGCAUUUGGCAAGAAAUUGCCCUACAAGGCAACAACGUAAGCACUAUCACACACCUCAUUGUUACUGCUGGAUUCUCGUACGCUUCACUGAACUGGUGUGCGCUCCUGCAGUGAAAGAAUCAAGUUCGUUACUGGUAGGGACAGGUCAGAAUGCUGGGGCAGAUGAAGAUGAUUUCCACUCAUUCAAGCGCGUGAAUGCUGAAGUUGAGGUAGAGGAACAGGAGGAGGCGAAGGCGAAGGCAAAGAAGAAGAAGGUAGAUGUCUCGGUGGGUACGAUGGGCAAGGCGGUCAAGUCGCUUGCAAUGCCUCCUCCAGCUACGACCAAGAAGAAAGUGGUGGUUUUCUGA